UGACUGGCGCCAGAGAUUGAAGUAACAUAUCCAGUCCAGUUAUGCAUGCCACGUGGCAAAAAUCCAUUGCUCCUUCUAAAUUUCUUGAGCCACUCUGUCUAUAAUUUGUUAAGUUAGCGAGCCAUUGAGUGGGAGAGAGAAGCGUGGAUAAAGCUCUUAGAAUGGCAGGCAUUGGGUUUUCUUCGGCGCUCUCUGCCACCAGGCAGUAAGGGAUCAAGCUUGUGUUUUCAGAAACUUCCAGACAUCUUGGUUGGCAUCCGAAACUCACAGUGGAAGGACCAUGCCAGGGAAACUAAAUCAUCGGAAAAAUUUGAAUGUUAAAGCAGAAGUAAAUUAUGUGGAUGCUGAAGAAGCAAAGAAACUAAUAGCAGUCGAGGAGUACGCAAUUCUGGAUGUGCGGGACAAAUCUCAAUAUGACCGAGCUCAUAUUAAAUCAUGCUCUCAUGUGCCUCUUUUCAUUGAAAACAAAGAUGGUGAUUUUGGUACAAUUAUAAAGAGGACCCUGCACAACAAUUUCUCAGGUUUGUUCUUUGGGCUGCCGUUCACUAAGCCCAACCCUGAUUUUGUGCAAUCUAUUAAGAGCCAAUUUUCGCCUGAAAGUAAACUCUUGCUUGUUUGUCAGGAGGGACUGAGGUCUGUUGCUGCUGCUAAUAAGCUAGAGCAAGCUGGUUUUCAAAACAUAGCAUGCAUAACAUCGGGGCUUCAAUCCGCGAAACCAGGAACUUUUGAUUCUGUCGGAACCACCGAGUUGCAGGAUGCAGGCAAAGCUGGAUUGGUCACUAUUCAAGGAAAGAUCUCGACCGUGCUAGGAACAGUCCUUAUCUGUGCAUAUCUAUUCAUUACAUUCUUCCCGGAGCAAGCAGAGAAACUAUUCCAAAUUGCACCAGUGAGCUAGUAGGGCUUCAUAAAGGCCAGCCAAAAAGUUUUGCAGUUCCUCUUAUGUUUUUAAAAUAAAUGAUUUUUCAGUCCUUGCUGAUUGAUUAUACGAUAACUAAGAAGUCUAAGAUUCGUAUUUGAAUCAAAGUGAGUUGAAAUUGCAUUAAACUCUGAAGAUACGCGUGUAGUUGUUUUUCUUAAGUCAAAUACAUACCAUGCAUACAUGCGUUGGUUAUCA